AGAAAAGACACAGGGAAAUUGCUGCCGAAACACGCGGUCAUUUUAUCGACGGUCCCUCAGUGAAGGCGUUCCUGAAACAGUAUAUGCCCUGGAAUGACACUACUCCCAAAAACUACAAGCAAAAACAACCAAGCAAGUCCAAAAAGGGGUUACUUAUUUCCAUGGCAGGCCUGAGCGAAUCUGACAUGUACGGGAGAUAUAUUAAGGCUCUUCAUAACUGGCCCUCGUCGCUGAAUACAGAGAAAUCAGAUUACUUGUCAAUUCACAUCCGGCUUGGGAAGUUUCGUGACCCAGACACAAACUGCGGUAAUCUCGCAGUCGAUAUUGGAGUGUACGACGCCGACAACAUGCCAGAGGGUCGCGCCAUGAUCACUCGCUCAUGGAAACGCAAACAGAGCUGAAGGCCCACGAUAACUAUGUGGACGCUUCGCUCGAUUCAUACGCUGGGACCGAUCUGGAGCUAUCGUCAGCAAGCGGUUCGACUACACUGAGGAAACGACCACGCUCUUCAACUUCUACAAGCGCUUCGCACAGUUAUCACCGAACCAACGGGGUAAAGAGCACCACCAUCUCUUCCAUCGUAGACGACGAUCCCGACGCCAUAAUUGCUCGGGAAAAACCCAGCCUAUACGAUACGGAUGUGAUGCCGGGGGCUAAACCGAAAAGAGAGAUUAAAGUCGAGGACCAGAAACUGUUCCGUAUGGAUCUGGCCCUUGAAGGUGAAGCUCGUCGAUUUGUGGUGUGUGCACCGAAGUUUGAUGAUGGCGCAUUCUCACCAUUCGGACGAUCCACGCGCCGAGCUUUGGCUAUCGAUUUGGAUAGUCCUGAUCUCCGAAAGCCUCAUGGAGGGCUGCUGUUCAUGAAGGACUAUUGGCGUGAAGACUCUUCUCGGACUGCCAAAGAAUCUGAUAUCUAUCAUCUUCUUGCCCAGCACAAAGUUCCCUAUGUAGCUGAAAUGGAGACUGGCGGCGACGUCCCGGACAUGGUCACGAUCACACAAGAUCACGUUCGGAAACUGUCGACUUCACCAUCCGGUAACGAGAUCUACCGUCUCCCUAGUCUGCAGGGCCACCGAAUUUUCUUGAAGACCACUGGAAGAGAUCUCACAGCCUUCUUCAACGCCAAGGACUUGGUGAUCUGUAUCGCGGAUGCUAUGGAAGCUCACCAAGCAGCUUUCGACAGAGUGUGUAUUUACUACCGCGAUAUCAGUGUUGGCAACAUUAUGAUCAGCCCAAACAACAGAGGGUCUCUCAUCGACUGGGAUCACUGCGUCAUCCUUACUGAAAGAACAGGCAACCAACGUGUAGGCAAAACCGGCACAUGGCAGUUUCUGUCUGCGCAGCUCCUGGCUUCCUCCGGCAACAUACACACACACUUGUAGACGAUAGGGAAUCCUGCCUCUGGGUUCUCCUAUAUGUAGCUCUCCGGCAUAUCCGCCAUGGGCUUUCCCCAGUUGCUCUAUACGACAUAAUGACGCCGAUGUUCGAACACAACCGUGGCGUGGACAAGUUCGCGCUGUUAACCUCUUCUUCUUUGAUGUCUUCCUUCACCCCCCAAGGUCUUAACCAGUUGUUGCGGGCGUUGGUCAACGUUUUUGUUGUCCGAUACCAAGACAAACCUACCGCAGAGCAACCUCGAAAAUACGAAGCCUGGAAGGUAUCACAUCCGGAGGAUGCUCCAGACCUUCCAGCCGGCCAG